AUGCUUGAAGACGCAGAGGCAACAGGGAAUAAUGACGACUCCGCCGCCCUGACGGCUUUUGGCGACGCUAGACAAUUGGUGCGCUUGGUGCAAUGCACCGAAUGCUCGAGGCCAUUUCGGAACCCGGUCACCCUACCCUGUGGAAACUCCCUGUGCCGAGACUGUCUUCCAGAGCCGGAAGAACGCGAGCACAUAUCGUAUCCCGACCUUCCCGGGCGGAAACAAGGCUUCAAAUGUCCAUUUGCGACAUGCGGCGUACAGCACCCUGCAGAUGACUGCAACGUCGAUGUCACCCUGACCAAGCUUAUGGAGUCGACAGAGGAGGUUCUGGCAUUAGUUCCACAACAAAAGAUGGUGGAUACCCCGAUGCGUAACGGCGAGGACCCAACCUGGAAUCCAAAUGAAGAGCAUAAGAUGGGGGAGCUGGUUAGUGGCAGGCUGAGAACAAUUUACGRUCUGGCCCGACAAGGUCAACUUCCUCGUGCUAGCGACCUCGAAUACCCCCACGGAUUUCAGCACAAUCAACACAGUCGUGAUGCCGACUACAAUCUUCUCCAAGCCUUGCUUCAAAACACUCAAAAGGAGGUCGAUUGCCAAGUCUGUUAUAGCCUCCUAUUAGACCCCGUCACUACUUUCUGUGGCCAUACUCUAUGCCGAAAAUGUAUGGCACGGGUCCUCGAUCAUUCCCUCCACUGCCCCGUAUGUCGAAGGGAUCUUGCCAUGCCUCCUUUGUUGGCAAGCCAGCCCAGCAACAAAACAUUGGUGAACCUCCUGAACGGACUGUGCCCCGAAAUGGUCGCUGCACGAGCCGAAGCGAGUGAGGAGGAGGAACGGGGAGGACAUGGGCCAUCCAGUGUUCCGCUUUUCGUCUGUACUCUCGGAUUUCCCCAUCAGCCUACCUUCCUGAGAAUCUUCGAACCACGAUACAAACUCAUGAUUCGACGCGCGAUGGAAGGGAAUCGGGAGUUUGGUAUGCUAAUGUACAACCGAUACAACGAGCCUCAGGGYGCGCUUGGCAACGUCCACUUCUACCAUUACGGAACAAUGCUACACAUUGUCCACAUUCAGGCAAUGUCUGAUGGAACGAGUCUUAUAGAAACUACUGGGCUCUAUCGAUUCCGUGUCAAGUCGCAUGAUCUGCUUGAUGGAUAUCUGGUUGGACAGGUGGAGCGCCUAGAUGAUGUAAACCUCGCUGAGGAGGAGCGCAUCGAAGCGGAGGAGACGUCUGCCGUUGCUUCCACUGGCGACGAUGUGGCGUCCCAGAUCAAUCGCAUGUCGACGCAAGACUUGUUCACGGUGAGCAAAGACUUCGUCAUCAAGAUGCAGUCGAGGAGCGCGAAUUGGCUACAGCAAAGAGUACUGGACAUCAACGGAGAACCACCCGAGGAGGCUGCUCUAUUCCCAUACUGGUUUGCCAGUGUAUUGCCCAUCAGCGAGGAGGAAAAGUAUAAAUUGAUGGGCACGCGUACUGUUCGAGAACGACUGAAGAUCACUGCGACGUGGAUUCGCAGAAUUGAGUCGCAACGAUGGCAAUCAGAAUCGGAUGAAGACGAAGACUGA